AUGCGUCUCAAUCCGAGCAAUUACGCACUGGUCUCUAUCCUCCUACUUUCUUCCUGUGCUGAGACUGUAUCAUCUGCUCUGUCCCACCCGGAAAUUAUCAUCUCCCCCCUCCAACCCUCCAAACCACAUCUUACAACCACUACCCUCUCCACUCCCCGAAACCGCAAUUGCCACGUCUCCUCUCUGGGAUCGGGCUUCGACGAUUCCGCCGCUCUUCUCUCCGCCAUCAAAUCUUGCAACCACGGCGGAGUGGUCCAGUUAAACGAAACCAUCUACAAAAUCUCCACUCCGCUCAACCUCCAAUCCCUCCAAUCCAUCGACUUCAACAUCUCAGGAACCAUCCAAUUCUCCCCAAACAUCACCUACUGGACCGCCAACAGUUUCAAAUAUGUUUUCCAAAACAGCAGUGCUUUUUGGCAAUGGGGAGGAAAUGAUAUAAAUUGGUAUGGAGGAGGAACUAUUGAUGGAAAUGGCCAAUCAUGGUGGGAUGCUUUUGCAAAAGAUAGUACUCUUGCUCGACCAAUCUUAUUUGUCAUGAAUGGGCUUAACGGGGGGAGUAUGAGCGGGCUUAAAAUGAGAAGUCCACCAAAUUGGUUUAAUUUCAUUACAGGGAGUGAGGAUGUGUUGAUUAGUGGAAUGACAUUGACGGCGGUGACAAAUAAUUUGAAUCCAGUCAAGAACUCUGGUGAGUUUCUUCCCUAUUCAUCCAUUUAUUCCACUGAGUUACCUAUGUUAAACAAACAAAACAAACAAAACAGACAAAUAUCUAAAGAUGGAUGGGACACCUACCUCUCCUCCCACAUCACGAUCCAAAACUCCACGAUCCUCAACACCGACGACUGCGUAUCCUUCAAGCCCAACAGUAGUUCCAUCCUCGUACAAAAUCUCGCCUGCACCGGUUCCCACGGCAUAUCCGUUGGGAGUCUGGGUCAAUAUGUUGGCGUUACCGAUAUUGUCGAAGAUAUAUAUAUUUACAAUAAUACCCUGAGUAAAUCAGGUGAUGCGGCGAGAAUCAAGGUGUGGGCGGGUGCGGUGCCCAAUCCGAAUGGGAGUUUGCCUUAUGGGGUGGGUGGGGGAAAUGGUUCUGUGAGAAAUGUCACGUAUGAUAGCAUGACGAUUGCGGGCGAUGAUUAUUCGAUUGAACUUACCUCUUGCUACAUGCAGACUACUGCGAAUUGCAAUGCGUAUCUCACAAAAAUGAUAAUCCAAGAUGUAGUAUUCAAGAAUUUCGCCGGUGUCUCCAGCACAAAAUACGCUCCUAAAGUUGGAACGUUGAUAUGCAGCAGUGCAGCCGUGAGUUAA